AUGUCUGUCGAGAUGCCCUCAGGGGCGUCCGGCGAGGAGUCGCGCGCCUCUCCCGCCGCCACCCUGCUCCACCUCCCCGACACGACCAUCACCUGCGUGUGCCCGCCCGGCACUCAGCGCCUGGUGAAGGAUCUCAUCAUGAUCGUCACCAAGGAGAAGGGCAUCACCUGGCUGCACCGCCCCUGCAAGCAGCUUCCCGCCGGCAACGACCUCGACGUUGCGACUGCACAGACAGACGGCGAUAUCAGCAUGACUGACGCCGCGGAAGAGCGCAGCAUGGCGGGCGGACCUCUCGCCGCCUUCCUGGGACCAAACCCGUCCCAGGCAAUGCUCACAAAGGCGGAGAACUUCACCUCGACGUUCAUUUGCGACGGCCCUUGCGACAACUCCGACAAGAACUUCAAGGACCACUUCAUGUGCAAGAAGUGUCUCUCCUGGCAGCACAAGAAGUGCAUGCUGUAUGGAGAAGCAGGCGACCGCGGAGGUCCAGUCUGCAACCAUUGCUACAUGGACUUUGUGGUUCACCACGAGGAGAUCAAGAAGUGGCAGCGUCGUCGCUUGAUGGAGGCUGUGCAGGAGGCCACAAUGUUCUUGACCGACCCCGAGAACCAACAUGAAAAGUGGCGCCGCGCGUGGUGCACCAAGUUCAUUGGCCGCUUCUUUGCCAAGAACAAAGCGCUUUUUGUUCGGUUUGUGAAGGCGCGCAGAGAAGCGCACCAGAACGCCCGCGAACUCGGAGUCUCCGACCCCAGGUUCUUCCCUCCGCAUCGACGUGACGCAUUCAUCGCUGCGAUGGAGCGGUCCAUCAAAGAAGAAGACCAAAUGAAGAAGCAGAAAACUGCGUUGAUUGCUCUGAGGAGCCCCGAUAACAUCAUCGUUCGCUUUCCCCGCAGCAAGGUCCACAAGAUCAAGCCGCCGCGCGUGCGUCAGCGCUCUCCGCCAGGGCGAGUCCACAAGAAAAGGACCGAUGCCAAGAAGGCGAACAAGAAAGACACGCAAGGAAAUCGCAUGCCUCAGCACAACGACGAGCAGGAAAUGUCGCAGUCGCCUUCCUCCCACUCGGAGUCUGAAGUGAGCAGUCCGCCGUCGCCAGCGCCCGCCCCUCCCGCCAGCGAUCCCAAGACACAGUCGACCAGCAAUGACAAUAAGAAGCCGCCUAGCCUGCCAUCUUCUUCAUCCUCGUCUGAGCCUGAUGCGAGCAAUCUGCCCGCACCAGCGCCAGUGCCCGCACCAGCGCCAGCGCCUCCCGCCAGCGGUGGAAUCAGAAAGUCGGAGCGCCUGGCGAACGCUUCCUCUCCACCAAAGAUCAUGUCGGAGGUGCCAGAGAUGAGUCCGCCUUCAUCCCCUCCCAGAAAUCGACAGCGAGCGUCCAAGACGCAAGAUAAGCGUCGUCUUUCUUCCCCCGUUGCAGGAAUACCGAAGAAGUCGGGGCUCUACGGCAUUCGGACUCCUAGAAAGACCGCCCCCAGCAAAGGAAGAAAGCGGCAGCCGAUUUACUCCGAGGAUGAAGAGGCUGAUGGUGUCGACGAGCCCUCUGACGAGGACGAGUACCACGACCACCAAGAUGAAGAUGAGGAAGAAGAAGAACAGUUUGAGCAUGAUUCGGAGGACGACUUGGCUCGUGCAUUGCAGUUGUCCAUGGAAGAUCAGAAUCACCAACGUGGAGCUCAGAGCCACCGCGGUGAAGUUUCUACAGGCACUGACCAGCGCGAGCUCAUCUGUAGCUGCAGAAAGCGUCGUGUCAAAAACCAAGACACUUUUCUCUGCGGCGGAUGUGAUCAGCGCCAGCACACAGCUUGCAGCGUUCCCUACCAACGCAGCCCGCGCCGGAUGUGCAACGAUUGCUUCGGACCAGCGAACGAGCGAAGAAGACCAAUGCCGGUCGCCCAACCACAAGCCUCUGAAGACCAGCCAUCCGCACCUCCAGCCAUCGUCGACCAGCACCCCUCAGAAGCCAUGCUGAAGGAGAUCCCUCAGCUAUGCGCCACCAUCUUGUGGAAAGAAUACGCUGCCAUGCCAGCGCCAGACGAGGAGGACGGAGAUGAGCGCGACGACGAGGAGUUCAUCGCUCCCGACCCGGGCAAAGCACCAAAAGAGUGGCUGGCCGAGUGCGAGGCGCGGUUCAUUGACAUGCUCGAAACUGCUGGCGCGGCACAAACCAAGGCGUUCCUCGAGCCUGCUUUUGCAGUCAUUCCGCGAGACAACGAGCUGAUUGUGGCGAGUUUGAGGAAGUUGGCGCUGUGGAUGGUCGGUCGUGGACCUUGGCGUCGUGUGCGGGAGAAGACGGGACUGUUGGGUGAAGCGCUGGGUCUUGAGGGUAAGGGCCGGCACUGGGAUGGUCCUGGGUACUGA